CGUACCUCUGUGUGCGCUCGAGCGCUCUUUAUUUCUGAGGCGAUUGGCAGCUUUUGUAUCACUGGUUCAAAUCUGCAGUGAUUAUAUUUCGUUUACUCGACGGUUUGUUUGCUUUACAGUAUGAAGUCGGUGGAGGACCAAGUUGUGGAAGAUGAGGCAGGGUUUCAUGAUGAUGAGGAAUCUUUCUUCCAAGACAUUGAACUCCUUCAGAAAUAUGGCAUUAACAUGGCAGAUAUCAAAAAGCUGAAGUCAGUGGGAAUAUGUACUAUAAAAGGGAUCCAGAUGACCACACGCCGUUCCCUCUGUAAUGUUAAGGGUCUGUCUGAGGCCAAAGUGGAGAAAAUCAAGGAAGCUGCUGGGAAGUUGCUGAUGAACGGAUUUCAGACAGCUUCAGAAUACAGUAUGAAAAGAAAACAAGUAUUCCACAUCACAACAGGCAGUUUGGAGUUUGAUAAACUUCUUGGAGGGGGAGUAGAGAGUAUGGCGAUCACUGAAGCUUUUGGAGAGUUUAGAACAGGAAAGACUCAACUCUCUCACACGCUGUGUGUUACAGCCCAGUUGCCUGGUGAGAAUGGAUAUACUGGAGGAAAGGUCAUCUUCAUCGAUUCGGAAAAUACUUUUCGCCCAGACAGGCUGAAGGACAUUGCAGACAGGUUCAAUGUGGAUCAUGAUGCAGUCCUUGAUAACGUGCUGUAUGCCCGUGCUUAUACCAGUGAACAUCAGAUGGAGCUGUUAGACUUUGUGGCAGCCAAAUUUCAUGAGGAGGGAGGCAUCUUUAAGCUCUUGAUCAUAGACUCCAUCAUGGCUCUGUUCCGAGUGGACUUCUCAGGUCGAGGUGAGCUUGCAGAGAGACAACAGAAGCUGGCACAGAUGCUUUCCAGGCUGCAAAAGAUUUCAGAAGAGUACAAUGUUGGAGUGUUUGUCACCAAUCAGAUGACAGCAGACCCAGGAGCCGGGAUGACAUUUCAAGCAGAUCCCAAAAAGCCCAUCGGAGGUCACAUACUAGCGCAUGCUUCCACCACACGCAUAAGUCUGAGGAAAGGACGUGGUGAAAUGAGAAUUGCCAAAAUCUUUGACAGCCCUGACAUGCCAGAAAAUGAAGCUACCUUUGCCAUUACUGCUGGAGGAGUGGCAGAUGCAAAAGAGUAAAACAAGAAUAUCUCAGAUUUAUUUGAUCGCCACCUCCGUGUGGGGUUUUCCCCCAAUAAAAUGUUGGACUUACUACAAUUUUCUUUGACAAAGAAACAUGCCUGCAUUUUUUUAAAACCUAAUCUCUAAUGUCUGUCUGCAUUUAUUUCUGUCUACAUUCAUUUCACUUUACUAAGAAAAAAACCUUGUCUGAUGAAAUGAUGCAUUCACUACAGAGAGUUCUUCGGUUGAAGGUGCUCACACGAAACAACUAGAAUAUACAAUACACUGUCACUAAACACACAU